CCGUCCUGCCUCGCUCCGCCGCAGUGUGACUCUCCCGCUCCUCCGUGUCUCUCUCAGGCCUCUCUCCCCCGAAAACAGCCUCUUCAGACGCGUUCACUGUGACGGGGUUGUUGUGAAGUGACGGAUGGUGAACUUCCCUGUGGACCCUUUGAUGAACUGUAGCUGCCGCGUUUAUCAGAAACGACAUAAAGAGCCGAAUUUCCUCGAAGCUAUCAUGCUGAACACCGAGGAAAGUUCCUGGUUAGCGGGGUCUCGGUUACCCAGCUCAAACCCUCAGGCUCCGGGGCCUCUGUGGUGCUCCGAUGCCCCUCACCCACAACUAAAGAUCCCGGGUGGGCGAGGGACUGUAAGGGAUCACUGUCUCGGCGUGCUUCUACACAAGGAUGAGAAGUUGACAGUGACACAGGGAGCUACGGUGAGUGGGAACCCCUCUCUUCUCCACUUCCACUACCAGCUGAGUGAGCGCCGCUCGGCCUCCUGGGAUACAGCUCUAUCUGAGGACAGCCUUUUCCUGGAGAUUCCUUCCGGGCCGCUGGCCGAGGGGAGCAAGGAGGGGCUAACGGCUCUGCUCGAGUUUGCGGAAGAGAAGCUCAAAGUUAACUAUGUGUUCCUGUGGUUCCAUAAAAACAGAGAGGAUCGAUUGUCCAUCAUCAAGACCUUCCACUACAUGGGCUUUGAGAUGGUGAAGCCGGGCAACCCCAUGGUACCAGCCCGGCCCGAUCUGGCCUUCAUGGCUUACUCUCUGGACAACAGCAGCUCAGAUGAGGAGUGACCGCCACAUUUUCUCCCGACACCUCCCUCGCCCACCCUGCUCCCCCUCCCCCCAAAAAAGAAUCAUGCCCCUCUACCCUUUGCUCGCUUGAACAAUCAACAAUCAACCACCUCAUCUCUCUUGCUCUGACACAAACCCAGGCCUCCACCUCAGAGAUCCUUCAUCGCUCACUGGGAGGUUUCACCCUUUUCUUUUACAGACUUGCGAUUUAAGGGGGUGUUGAGGAGAAGUAUGAUUUCCAUGUGACGCCCAUGCCCUCGCCUCCUCUUUGCCCCUUUCCCUGAGGAUAACUGCAGGAAUGGUGAAGGUUGAACUAAGUUGUCACAUGCACUGUGGGAUUUGGGUUUUCUUUUUUUGUGCUUGGUGGUUCCUUUGUUGGCCACAUUAUUUGUUUGUGCUGCCACUGACAAGACAAAGAACUGUUAGAAAUUCAGGAUGAGGUGGUGUUUUACAUUAAAAUUCAGCAUAUCUCUCGUCUGACAGCUUUCUACCUUUUUAUAAGAUAAGACUUUGGUUUGUCUUUGCGUGCUGUAUAUCAUGCAAACUAUAUUAGUCGGAGUAAAGAGAGGGAAUUAAGGGUUUGAUAAUAAAAUGUUGUUUAGCAUUAUAAUAUAGAUGGGUGAACGCCUGAUCUGUUACAAUUAACAUUGAAGCACAUGUAAACUUUUCUUUACACUUAAAUAUGUCAAGACGUCAUUCCAGCACCUGUCGCGCACGUGUUUUAUUUUUUUAUUUUUUCAUCUGUCCAAAACCAUCUCGCCACAAAUGUGGAAGUAACACUGCAAAUCUCUCCAUGUGUGUUGAAGCUAAGAUGCAGUUUGUGUGUGUGUGUGUUGAAUGUCACAACAUGUGAUAAAGCCUGCUCUUCUGCAAUUGUUCCUGUGUGAGUUAUUUACACACUGGAGAGCCUUGCUGUUGUUACACUUUCACACACAGAAACGCUUUCAGGUUAAAUUUUCUCACACACAUUAAGCUGAAUAAUUGUUGAUGUGAGACGGUCACGUUAAAGCUCCACUUGCUGUUAUUUUUCAGUUUAAAUGUGCACAUAAUGUUUAAAUCUAGUGAAGCUGUAGCCCCGGGUUGGUCUUCUGUCUACGCUCGAGUCACAGAGCUGAAAUUCAAUCUUUCAAAAAACAAUUUUCCAUAGAUCUUAACACCAAUGUUCUGUUAUUAAACAGAUGAAGACAAUAGCCUUAACACAUAUUUAAGACUAUUGUCCACGUAUUAACAAGAUGACUCUGGAAAUGACUCAUGCUAUUAAUUAUGCUGUGUUUUCAUGAUGUCAAACAGAUUUUGAUCUCUGUGAACUGACUGUAAUGACUAACUGGUUGUUUCAGUUUUAUUCAGCCCUGUAGAGUGGCUCAGUAGUAACUACCGAUGGAAAGCUUGAUUCGAAACGGGGCUUUUUGUGCCUGAAAAAGAGGAGAGUGCAAUGUUGAGGUUUUUUACUCUUGAGUCUUAUUGAGGAAUGUGUUUAUCUAUUUUUUAUUAACCCCAUGAUGGUUCACAUCCAGGCUGUGAGAGGAAAUAAGCUCAUCGUAGAUCACAACCAGAGCACUUCAGGUGAUUGAACGUAUAUGCAAUUAGAGUUAAAACACAAGGUGUUUUUGUUUUUUUUUAAUCUUUGUGGCUUUUAUUAGACUGAACAAAAUGCCAAAGACUCCAUUCUUUCUGCCGUAGGUUUUUAAAUCCUCUUGCUUUUAAAUUGAUUUGAAACCUAGUGUGGUAUGUAAAGCAAUAUUGACCUACAUUCCCCAUGCCAGCCAUACUUCACACAUCAGAGAAACAUGAUGGAUGUGUUCAUGUUGGAGUGAGGGCCUCACUUUACUUAACUUCUUCUGCAUGUUUACUUCAUACCAGUCUUCAUUGCUACUGAUCGAGCCCUGACAAUAAGCUGUUAGGAAAUGUCAAUAUUUGAAUUUUCUCAGAGGUCUAUUUUUAUGUAUGUAUAUUUCCCAAAUGUUUAUUGUGAUAGUUAGGGGUUUAUUUUUGUUUUCAGUGAUUAGUUAGCAGCCGCUCAAUGACAAUCCACUCUUGUGUACUCUGGAAAUUUUUGUCUUGGGGGGGAGAAAACAAUAAAAGUUGAUAUGUAUG